UACCCCUUCCCGACUCCCGACUUAAAAAGGCUUCUUUGGUCCUUCCCCUCCGCCCCCCUCUCUCUCUUUCUCCGAUGAUCCGCGUCAGCAGCGGGCCUUCCGGCAACUACGGCCCACCGCCGGCCGCGGCGGCUCCCGCCUCCAUGUAUUCCUCCAACCUCUCGCCUCUCGCCCCUCCUUUCACCGUCGCCUCCAUGACCAACCUCUCCCCGCCGCCCCCACCUCCGCCCGCCCUGCAACCGUCGUCCUUCCAGCCCUUUCUUGCGUUCCCCAGCAAUCCUCCCGAGUGGUCCCCAGCCGCCGCCGUCGCCGCCUCUUCCGCCUCCCGGAUGUCUUGCAUCACCGCCGACUCCUACCGCUCCUUCCCGAGUACCGGCGUCAUCAAGAACCCCUGUUACCAUCGAUACUGUCCCAGCUUGCAGAGUUCCGGCCUUGAUCCCCUGGAGCCCCCUCCAGAGUAUGAGAGUUAUGCCGGGGUUGGGGUGGGCCCGUGGAACGGGCCGUUCGAUGGAGGGGAAGUCGGGCGGGGGAAGGUUCCCGAUGGGGUCUCUUCGUGGAUGGAUCCUUCCUCGAGCUACGGGGUCCCAUCUCUUCAGGAAGGAGUUGCAACUGGAGGCCUUAGCACCUAUGAAGAUAAUUCUUAUGGUAUUUGGCAUGGAAAAUAUUUUAAUUCUGCAGCAAAAAGAGCAUACUUUGGAUCAGAAAGUUCUGAAUGGCUUCUUGGGAAGCAGUCAACAAUUUAUGGUGAAAGCACGACCUACCCUUAUAACUUUUCUGGGGCAUCAGUUUUGUCUCCAAGUGCAGUACUUGAAGGAACGUCUUAUUCUCAGAUACCAGACUCAACUUCUGUGAUGGAGCCAUGCGACCCCUUUAUCUCAAAUUCUUCUUAUGAUAGGUAUAUGGCACAACUUGAUUCAUAUUCGACUAAUCCCACAGCUUAUAAUCAAGCUACAGCAUGUUCUACCUCAGGCCAAGUAUAUACACCAUCAGCAUUAAUUAGUUCGACCAUGGAUUAUAGUACAUCAAAAAAUAGAUAUUCAACAGUUCAUCAUGCCGUUCCAUAUAAGAUGAUUGACACAGGCAAUGUAGCAUCCAACCAAAAGGAGCCUAGCAUCAAUCAAUUUGUACAGUGUAAAGAGGGUCAGGAUGAGAAGAGCAGAGCAAAUUACAGUCUGAACAAUAAUAUCAUUGGGACUGUGACCUAUGAAAAAAAGUUCCCUUCUAGCAACAAUUCAUCUACUGAAAAAUACAUGGGUUUCCCUACAGGGGGAGAUUCUGGGUUGAAAAUCAAACAUUUGAAAAUUUCUGAUUCCUCUAACUCUGCAUGUCGUUCUGCACAACUUGAAGAUUCCAUGCAAAGUUCUUCAGAAACACUCGAUGAGGUCAACCUUGCUGUGGAUUCACCAUGUUGGAAAGGAACUCCAGCUUCUCGACAAUCACCAUUUAAAGUCGGUGAAACAGUAUGUGUUCAGCCUGUAUGUAAGGAAUCAGAAGGUAACAGUUGUUUGGAUAAAGGUCAAAAGCCUCUUCCUGACAGUGUUGCAUAUUCAGGAACUCCUGCUGAGCAUGUUGGAAAUUUGAUUUGUGGUGAGAACAGAAAAAAAUCUUCUGUAGCUGAGAUAGGGGGAUCUUCUUCAGUUAUUUCUUUAAACAUGCAGCAGAAAUCUGAAAAUGAUUACAAGACAGGGUUAGAUUGCAAAAAGGAUCCCAAUAGAAAGGAUGUUCAAUGUGCAGAUAACCUUAGAGAACAGGCAAAUGAAGUUAGGAAAGACAAGAAUAUUGAUUCUGAAGCAAAAGAUGAUAAUGCGACACAAUGCGAUAAAAAAAAAAGUACUGCUGUUGACCAGUUCACAUCAGCCGAUGGAAAUAUUAAUCCUGAGAAAGGUUCAUCUUCAUUGAAACUGAACAAUAUAGAGCUGCUUAUUAGGGCAAUGCAUUCUUCCUCAAAACUUCUCUUGUCUACUGAAUGGAGUAAGGACAAUAAAUUGGAAGAAGAUGACCGUAGUCUCCUCUGGCUAGUCAUUCAAAAUCUUGAAGCAUUUUUGCUGAGGAAUGAAAAGGGUUCUGUUGAGGGCAGUUCUCAUGUUUCCAGGCUAGAGGCUGCUUGUUCUCAGAAUACAGGUCUAGAGACUGAUGCUGCAUGCCAGAGCAACACGAACAACACCCAUGACAUGAAGGUUAACAUGCAAUGGAUUGGUUAUAAUAUGGAGACCAGUGAGUUCGUGCAUUUAUUUUCCAAAGGUCGUGACAUAAAUUUGGGGAAAGUUGAUGGGAUAAUGCAGGACCUAGGGAAUGUUCUAGAAAAAAGUUUCUCUGAUGGGGAUGACAACCCACGGAUGCUGUUAUAUAAGAAUCUGUGGAUUGAGGCAGAAGUUGCACUGUGUAGACUGAAAUAUGAGCUUCAGCUUGCUCGCAUGAAGAUUGAGGCGGACAAUCGUAAGUGCCAGACAAAAGGUAAGCUGCCCCCAGUGACCACAUCACCAAGCCCAAGCAUGGUGCAUGAUGUCAAUGGACAUGAUGCGCCAUUGAAGGCCAAGGAGAACUUGUCUGGUGUUUGUUCUUCCCUCUUGGCAAAUGCAGGUAAGAAUAGUUCCGGAAAACCUCACAAGGCACUUUCUGUGCUGUCAUCAAAUGGGGGCAAGUCGGAGGAUCUUGAAGCAUUUGUAAUGGAUCAUAAAAGAUCUCUGAAGCAGCAGACUGAUGUAUGGAAUUCUUGGAGCAUUAAUGAACAGCCGAAGAUUUUUGACUCAUUGGACUUUGGAGUUUGCUCAGGAACAAAAGAGACUGCACAUAGUUCUUGUUCUGACAAUGAAAAUAAUUCUGGGCUGAAGCAACCAUCAAUAAAGCUUGCUGAUUUGACUUUCACAGAGAGUAGCCUACCUUCAUAUCUGAACGGUGGACCUAGAAAUUCAGGUUUAGUUGUUGAGAGACAGCAUCCUCGUACAAACAGCAAUGAAGAUAUUAGACUGCCUUCAACUAUUUAUGGAGAUGCAGCGACCAGAGAGUUCUGUUCGAGCUCUUUGGGUGGAAAGGUGAUUCAGCCAUCCAUAACAAAGAAGCAGGGGAGUUGUUCGCUCUCUGGUGGAUAUGAUAGCCCCUCAUCGGAAUGGGAGCAUGUACUGAAGGAGGAUAUUUUGUAGCCCCAGAACAGAAGUCUUCACUUCUAGUUUUCGGAUUUCCGAGGACUCCAAAAAAGCAUGUAAAUAAUAACAGUGCAUUCUGAUGUUUUUAUAUGGAACUGCCUGGGAUAUUUAUGGUUAAACUGCAGUAUAAGAUGAUGUAAGUAGCCUAAUGUUGAACCUACAAACACUUGCUAAAUGUGUGUUUCUGCUGUACUCUCUCUUUUAUAAAUUGAGAGAUGGCUGCAUUCAGUUUUUUGGGAACAAGCAAUAAUUGGAUCCAGGGGACCUGAAACUACUACUCA